GAGAAAGUAAGAGUCAGGAAAAGACCAGAAAAUGAGUCAUUUUUGUUUGAAUAAAUGAUUAAGAUGAAAAAUAAAGUAAAUGAAUUGAUAGUUUCAUGUCCAGCAGCAGGUAAUCAGGUGGUGUUUUAGUAUUUCUGUGAGGAAACUCAGAUUUUUGUUGUUUCAGUUCAGGACUGAAUGGAAAUCAGUUAAUCUUCUCAUGUCAGAGGAACCAGUGAUUUAUUUUUACUCCUUUUUAAAUAGUUUCUACUGGACACAGCUCAGACUGUUUCAUACAGGAUUUAACUGUAAUAACCCUUUAAUUAGAAACAGUCUUGUUUCUGUCUCUAAAACUUCAGCCUGUGAUUUUAAAAUCAGAUGAAGCUCUAAUGACUGAACUGUUCUGGGAGCAGAUUAAAGCUCCAUUAUGUUUCUGAGGUUUUAAUCUCAGGAGCUGGGAGCUGAUGUCUAAACUGUUUGUUGCCUAAUUCUGGAGCAGGUUAAGUCCUGGAGCAGCAGCAGCAGGGUCAGACAGUGCAGUGUUUCUGGAGUAAGCCCGCUGAGAAUCAUGGGAGAGAGCCGAGUGUUUUAUUUCUGGGUCAGAACUCGAGGAACAAACUAAGGAGGGAACAUGGAUUUGUCUUUCUGUGGCAUGAUGGGAAGGUUCGAGGAGACGAGGCCCAACAGUCACAGCCUGUUUGAGCAAGACACAGCCAGCGCCGUAACCUAGGAGACGUUUUGUUUACUUCCGGGUUGUCCGAGUCGAAAACAAGAGGGGCACCAAACACGCCCACGACACCGAGCAAAGCGGAUUAAAGUCCCGCAGAGAUGGCAGGGGAGGCUGAGGACGAGAUACCAGAAUCAGGAGCAGUUUUCACUUUUGGAAAGAGUAAAUUUGCUGAAAAUGUCCCCAGUAAGUUCUGGCUUAAAAAUGACGUCCCUCUCAAAAUAGCUUGUGGGGACGAACAUACCGCCUUAAUAACAGAAAAUGGGAAACUCUUCAUGUUCGGCAGCAACAACUGGGGCCAGCUCGGUCUGGGGUCCAAACUGACUGUGAAAAAGCCAACAUGUGUCAAAGCUCUGAAGUCUGAGAAAGUUCAGCUUGUGGCCUGUGGCAGAAACCACACCCUCAUCUGCACCGCUCAGGGAAAAGUGUACGCCUCAGGUGGGAACAGUGAGGGUCAGCUGGGGCUCGGCGACUGCGAGGAGAGGACGGCGUUUCAGAGAGUCGAUUUCUUUGAUUCGCACGGGCCGAUCAAAAUGCUCGCUGCCGGCUCAAACACCUCAGCUGCUCUCACAGAGAGCGGUAAGCUGUUCAUGUGGGGUGACAACACGGAGGGUCAGAUUGGUCUGGGGAAGGAGAGUCACGCCUCCUCGCCACAGGAAAUCAGCGUGGGGCAGCCGAUCAGCUGGGUGUCCUGUGGAUACUACCACUCUGCCUUAGUGACAGUGGACGGAGCUCUGUACACGUUUGGCGAGCGCGACAGCGGCAAACUGGGUCUGGGCACCGACCAGCUGCCCCGACACCGAGUCCCUCAGCUGGUGAAGAGCAUCAAGGAGCCGGUGACGCAGGUGGCCUGUGGGGGCGGACACACUGUGGCUCUUACAGAGGAUGACGUGUACACGUUCGGCCUCGGUCAGUUCGGACAGCUCGGCCACGGGACGUUUAUUUUCGAGUCUCGGCUGCCGCGUGUGGUCGAACACUUCAAGAAGGGUCGUGUCUGUCAGGUGGCCUGUGGAGAGAAUCACACCGCUGUCAUCACUGACGGCGGUUUGCUGUACACGUUUGGAGACGGCAGACAUGGCAAACUGGGCCUGGGAGAAGAAAACUUCACCAACCAGUUCAAACCAACUCUGUGUCCCCGCUUCCUCAAGUAUAACGUUCAGGCAGCUGUGUGCGGCGGCUGUCACAUGGUGGUGUUGGCUCGGCCGAGGGAUCAGAGCUGCGGCGAUGUGACGCUGGAGGAGGACGACGUGACGGAGGAUUACCUGGAGAAGCCGUACGUGGAGCUGCUGGGGGACACGGGCGACUCCUCCACCCUGCAGAGGAGCCUCUCCGCCCGGGUUCGCAGGAGGGAGAGGGAGCGAUCUCCAGAUCAGUUCGGCGCCAUGUUCCGCACUCUGCCCACCAUGACGCCCAGCUACCUCCACCCGCCGCCGCCCGUCUCCAGCCAGACCAUCCCGCCCAGGCUGCCUCCGGCUGAGCUGAGGCACGGGAAGGUUCCCAACGGCACCCACAAACACGGGAGCCCGGGGUCAAAGAAAAAGGCGCAGGCAGGGGGCGAGACAGACAGCGCUGCUGAGAGCCUGACUGACACCGACAGCGUUAAAGGCCUGGGAGAAACCACUGACUUCCUCAACAUGACACAUGUGAUGAAGAUGGAUCCUGGUGAUAAAACACUCACUCUGUCUCCAGUUCAGAAGAGGAAGGGUAAGCAUGGUAAGACCGUUAUAGGACAGAAAGAGAACCAAACAAAGGAGAGAAAGCUCUCGAAAGAGAGUAGUUUCUCCUCAACCUCCCCGUCUCGUAAGAGCGAGACCGCCUCUGCUCGCCAGGCGCUGCCCACCGAGCUCCUGAGGAGCCACAGCGCUCACUCUCUGGCCUCUCGCAGUCCACAGAGACUUAAGACAACAAGCCAGAACAAAGAGAAUCUGAUUAUGUCCAUGGAGGAGCUGGAGAAGAGACCCAGUAAGAACAAAGCUCUGAGUGUAGGGGACAUCAGGAAGGCAGCGUCUAAGCAGCGUCCCAGGCCAGCUCAGGGUAAAAGCCAGCUGAUAGAGGUCAGCAGGAAGCAGGUGCAAGGCUCCAAACAAAGUCCUGAAAUAAAAAGGACAGCUUCAGGUGGCAGCUCUGAACCUGCAGGGGCCAAAGUGAAGCAAGUGCAGGCUAAACCUGUGAGAGGCAAACCGACAGUCGUGCAAAGUCAACGUGCAGCAGUUAGCUCACCAGGUAAACGCAGUCACAGGGACUCACCUGGCUUUCACCUGAGUGACGAGGAAAGCACGAGUAGCUCCCGACUGGUUUCUGAGGUGAAAAGACACUCCAAAUCUAAAGAGGAGGCAGAUUUAUCCAAAAAAUCAAAGAAUGAAAAAAACAAAAAAGAGGCUCAGUCAAAAAAAGAGUCCAAAGUUAAAGAGGCGUCAGGUCUCGGCCUGCUCGCUGGAGCUGCCUCACUCGCAGCCGGAUCGGUGUUAGCGCACGAGGUGGCGUCCAGAGGCCGUGUUAGCUCACCAUCACCAUCCCCGUCUGACAGCAGCCGUGGCGUCCUGAGAGGCAGGAAAUCAAGGAGCGACGAAUCAGAAUCCUACGCCGCAGAUUUCAGCAACAAGUCGGCCGUCAGCAUCAACAUCAUACCUGCACCUGAGAGUCCUGAGGUGAGCACGAGUCAGGACGAGAAGGGAACAAGUCAGGAUGAAAGUGAGGAGCAGACAGACUCUGCAGCUGCCAAACAGCAGGAGGAGGAGGAUGAAGAUGAGGAGGGGCAGAGAACGAGUGCAGAUGUGAGCGAGGAGGAAGAAGAAGAGGAGGAGGAGGAGGAGGAGGAAGAGAGCGUUAAGAAAGUCACAGAGGAAGAAGAUGACAGCGACACUCUUCAGCCAGAGGAUAAGUCAGAAACUGAUGCAGAUGAGGAGGAAGAGGAGAGCGCUGCUGAGGAAGAGGAGGAGGAGGAGGAAGAGGAGGAAGAAAGCAGAACAGCAGGAAGUGAAAGUGAGACUGAAGAGAAAGAGAGCAAAGGAGGAGACGCAGAGGAGGAGGAGGAGGAGGAGGAAGGGUCAAGUCAUGACACAGAAAGCAAGGGAAGAGAGACUGAAGACGAGGAGGAGGAAGGUGAGGAAGAAGAGGGAGAUUUGGAGAGUGAGGGCGAGGAAGAGGAGGGUGAAAGUGAGUCUUUAAAGUCUUCAGAGGAGGGUGAGAGUGAGGGAGAAGAGGAGGAGGAAGAGGAGGAAAAGGAGAGUAGUGCUGAGGAGGAGAGUAGUGAGGAAGAAGAGAGUGAAGAGGAGGAGGAAAGUGAAGCGCAGGAAGAGGAAGGAAAAGAGGAAGAGGAGGAGAGUGAGAGUGAGGAGGAGGAAGAAGAGGAAGAGGAGGAGGAAGAAGAGGAGGAGGAGGGGGAAGAAGAAGAAGAAGAGGAGGAGGAGGAGGAGGAAGAAGAAAAAGAAGAGGAGGAGGAGGGGGAAGAAGAAGAAGAAGAGGAACAAAAAAGCGAGGAAGAGGAGGAGGAGGAGGAAGAGGAGGAAGAAAGCAGAACAGCAGGAAGUGAAAGUGAGACUGAAGAGAAAGAGAGCAAAGGAGGAGACGAAGAGGCUGAGGAGGAAGAGGAUGAUGAUGAUGAGGAGGAGGAAGAAGAAGAAGAGGAGGAGGAGGAGGAGGAGGAAGAGGUCAAGAAAGUCAAAAGACAAAGUACUAAAUCUAAACAGAGGUCAGGGGUCAAAGGUCAGGCGGCGGGGGAGUCAGAGGAGUUCUGGGGUGAUGUUUUACCUCAGUACCUCAACCUGAAAUAAGCCAUCAGUUACAUUAUUGAUCAAGCUGCCCAUUCAUUUCUCGAUUCACUGUUUGAUCUGUGAAAAGUCAGAAAGU